CAGUGUGUGGAGGAGGUUAGCAGUUGCUGGUACAGGUGAAGUCACCAGUGACGUCACGAGAAGCGAGGAUAUAACCUGGGCAGGUCGGAGCCAACGCCACACAUCGACCUAGGCCGCACUCCAAGCAAGUCGUCACUGUGUGGAUUAUCCGUCCUGGUGGACCUCCGUUGACAGUGCAGGCUUCACACACUUGUGGGUUACAGGCCUCAAACUUGUGUAUUACAAGGCCUCAGGCUUGCGUUUUAAACCCCCCCCCCCCCAAGACUUGCGGAUUACAGGCUUCAGAAUUGUGUUGUGCAGGCCUCAGACAAGUGCAUUACAGUGCAUAUCGCCGUUACAUAAACAUGUCUUGCCAGUAUACGAGCUUGAGCAGAAGGGGCUCAACAGGCACUCUCUCGAAUGUGUCUCGGAGCAGCAGUACGUCAAGCUUCCACGACAUCAAAAUGUUGGAGCUCCCGCGACUAGAAGUGGACCGUCAGUUCUACGACGUCCGGCUCCUGGCGUCCGGCUGGUACACCAAAAUUUUCGUAGCCAGACACCGGAAGGCUGAUGACAGGGUUGUCCUCAAGUGUGUUCAGAAAGGCACCACGAAAAAGGAAGAUUUCUUCCGUGAGUUUCACUACAAUUACUACCUGAGUCCACACCCCAAUAUCAUCAAGAGCUUUCAUGUGCCCUUUGAUACUCACAAUUCCUACGUAUUCGCCCAAGAGCUAGCACCAGAGGGUGACUUGUCGCAGUUCGUAAGGAGAGGAGGUCUUGGAGAAAAGCUGACGAAGUUAGUGGCAGAGAAGGUUGCCUUCGCUCUAGAGUUCGUGCACAGCAAGGACCUCGUUCACCGCGACGUUACUCCUGACAACAUCCUCAUCUUCGACCGCGAAAUGGCACGAGUGAAACUGGGUGACUUCGGCAACACACAGCGGGAGGGAGCCUUCGUGAAGCAAGCUAACAUCCGAGUACCGUGGGUUCCACCAGAGGUGAGAGAGGUUGUCUACAACGAGGGUUACCACGUCCACAGCGGUCAGGACGCCUGGCAGCUUGGCAUCCUCAUCUUCCUGUGCCUGACGGGGUCACAUCCGUGGUCAUCGGCCGACAUCACUGACCGUCACUACAACUCGUGGGUGGCCUGGCUCAAGCGUAAGACCACCAAGGUGCCGCUACGCUUCACCUGCUUCACUCCUCGUCUUCUUCGCCUCCUGCGACGCCUGCUGGAGCCCAAACCUGAGAAACGUGCGGGCGUGAAGGAGGUGUACAAGUACCUCUCUGAUUCCUGGCUCCUGAAGGGUAUAGAUCCUUAUGAUAUUUCGUUUGACGACACCCCAUCAGACACCUUGGAAACCACUAGUAAUUCCAUGUUUAAGGACGCAGAGAAGAAGAUAGCUGAGCUCCUCCGCUCUUACGUACGUCACCCAGAACCUUGCAGACCAACCAAACUCCCGAAACGUGUUCGCUUCGCCCUCGAGAUCGACGCUGUGUCAGAUAGUGCGGCUUAUCCGUGAGGACAUGUGCCUCUUCACUGAAAAUUCAUUGUUCAUUCCUUUCUGACCGCCAGCUCUUGGUGUUUUAAGAUGCUAGUCUGUAUCUUGAUAGCCAGCUCUUGAUCAUUUAAGGUGCCAAGCAAACUUCAUCCACAUCAAUUGUUAGUGAAGAGAGUGCAAUUGGAAAAACCUGGCCCUUUGCUAAUAGUGACCUAAAACCACCUGAGCCCUGGUUGAGACUCACCUAAGGCCUCGUCUUGUAUGAAAAGACGAAGCCCACCUGAUCUCUGGUUGAUAACCUGAAAGGAGCAAGUAUUCAGGAAGGCUUCUCACCAAGAAACCUGACUCGCGUGCAGUAAUCCCGCUAGAACAUAAAUCUGGACCUCUCGGGAGAAUAUCUGGGGGCACAGAGCCCUUAGCUGAUAUUUUUGGGAUUUGUAAUCCUUAAUAUAUACUCAAUUUCCCCUGAAUGUUAAUUGAUGUUUUAGGAAGGGAAGAAGAAAUUGUAAAACGUUCUUCGACCUAACUGAAACCGAAUAUAUUUUAUACGUUUUAUAACAUGAUAUUACUAUUUCGUACUUUUAUAAAGCUUUUCGUUGCCAACAAAAUAAAAAAAAACAGUUCUGCAAUUGAUAAAAUAUCAUGAAAACGCCUCAACUCAUUGAUAGCAUUACCUUGAUGUGUUAAUUCCCAGGUUUGUGGAUUGUUAAUUUUCUAAUGAACAUUGUGAGAUGAACGUUAUGCAAUAUCUGGAGGUUACUGGAAGAUGGUAUAAAAAAAUCAAUGAAAUAAAUUAUACUGUUUAUCAUUACUGCUCUCAAUCAUCCUUUUUUUUUUUUUGCUUAGUUCGCUUAGAAACAAAAGAGUAAAUCUUUUAAGUUCAUUGUGGUAAAGCAGACACCUAGAAGUAA